AUGUCAUAUCAUAACAAUCAUCAUCAUCAAUCAGAACUGAUAGUAUCAUCAUCAUCAUCAUCAACUCAAGCAUUUCAAAAUUCCAUUUUAUUAGAAUUAGAAAUGAUCUUAUCAACUGUAAAACAAAUAGAUCAGAAUUUAAUCAAUUCAAUUCAAUUAUUAUCGGAUUCACCUCAUCAUAAUGAUCAUCCUCAUUAUAAAGAACUUAUCCAGAAGAAUGUGAUUGCCAUUAAUGACAUCUUAAAAAUGGAUGGACAAUCAGAAUAUAUAGAGAAGUAUCAAGAAGCAAAAUUACAAUCAAUACGGAAUCAAGAUGAUGACAAUGAUGAUGCUGAAGAACUUGAUGAUGAUGAUUUAUUACAACAAUUAGAAAAUGAAGAAGAUGAUGAAAUAUCUCAUAAAUAUAGAGAAGCAAGAAUGCAACAAUUAUCACAAGAAUUCAAACAUCUUAAACAAUCAAUACAUGAUCAUGAACAUGAAGAAGAUUUAGGAUCAGUUGAAACCAUCACUAAUGAAAGAAAAAUCAUGGAAAUUGUCUUGAAUCAUGAAAUUGUUAUUAUCCAUUUUUAUCAACCAAAUUUUGAAAAAUUCAUUAAUAUUAAAGCUGAAUUAGCUCCAUUUUUAGUUCAUAAAUUGAAUAUUAAAGUAUUACCAUUUAUAUUAAUUUAUAAAAAUUCAAAUGAAUUAGAUAGAAUAGUUGGAUUUGAAAAAUUAGGAGUAACUGCUACAUCAUCUGCUACUCCCAGUUAUCAAACGUUUGAAAAUUAUUUAUAUAUGAAGAAUAUUAUUAAUAGAACCAGUAUUAAAUUUGGUACCUUAAAGAAUAAGGGAAAUCGAUAUGAUAAUGAUGAUGAUGAUGAAGAUGAUUAUUAUGAGGAUGAUUAG